AAAUUUUGUCGCCAUACUCGUAAUGACAUUUUGACAAAUGGAAGACUUGAUCAAUGUGCUUUGUGUGCACAAAUAGGUGUUAUAAGUUGAUAAAGGAUCAAAAGCACGAUCAUUGGGAAGAACGAAUGAAUGCUGUUUACAAGAGUGGCUUCGCUUUCCUGGAGAAUGAUCGUGAACAAAUGGAUGGUGGUAGGAUUUCUGCUCGCGCUGUUGAUUCUUGAAUUCCAGAUUCUGCGUUCAAGGCCUUUUACACAACAAAUUCAUGAAAACGGUAGGAUCUCAGAUUUAAGCUGAAAUGUAUUGUAUGACUAGCUCCAAGGAAAUGUCUAGUCUAGUGAGAAAAUGUUACUUCAUGUUUGGAACAUAAUGAUUAUGCGUGCCGAAGUACAUAUGCGAGUCGUAUGCUAAUAAAUGUUUUUGUCAUCGGGUGUGCGGAAUGCUCCUUAUAUGACUACAAUUUAAUUCGCGUAUUAGAACUUUGUAAGCUCUUAAUAAAAGUUAUUUCUCUGCCAAAUAGGGUUAAAAAUAGGGCAAGAACGCUUCACACUAAAUUAUUAUUACCAUCCAGUCUCCUAGUAAGACGCUUAAGUCAAUUAUAAACCUGGAUUUCAGAAAACAAGUCUCUUCGUAUGUUAUGAUUACUGGGUAGAUAUUAAGUUUCAACAUCGCCGGUAUGUUCUUUAUCCAGUUUGCUUGUGGCUUGAUUUCCCUUCACGCAAGAAUUUUGAAUUGUUUUCAUUUUUGCAAAGUCUAGAGACACUUAUUGUUGAAACUUUAUGGUUUUUGUGCUCCUCUUUAGUCCUAUAUGAGAUUUAUUGCCUUGAAACAACUUGAUGAAAUUUUUCUUGCAACUCGAUUACAAAUUUCUUUGCCCUGUUGGAAAGCAAAGUGCAUGAGUCAUCAUCUAGUCUGAUGUACCCAUUGCAUUUUUUGGAAUAAAGUUGUUCCAACAUUGCUGUCAUUGCUGACAGUGGUGUAAUUAAAAUAUUAUCUGGGUUAUUUGGAAUAGAGGCCCAUGAUUAUUAUAUUUACAUUUAUAUAAUAUAUAAGGACAACUGAAAAAAAAAGGUGAGUUUUCCUUCCCUUGCAUGUAGCCAGUGGCUGAAUUACUAAGGGAUCAGAGAGGUGAGAUGAGGCAAAAGCUUGUUAAGGUGGCAAUACAGCUGCUUCCCCCAACCAGACCACUGAUCACCAGUGAUGUUAUAUGAAAAAUGCUCUUAGAGUACUAAUGCAUAUUACACAACAGAGUCAAAGUUUGAAGCUUAUUACAAUAUACUGAAAGAAAGGUGCUAUUAAAAAUCAAACUGUUAGGGCAUGUUUACAUGAACGUGGGGGUAAAUGAGGUAACCUGCUUAGGUGGGUUAACCCGCCUGUCCAUAUAAAUCUCUCGUAUGGUUAACCCACCUAUCAUGUAAAGGUGUUCAAAUUAAAAUGAGAGAUUAUAUGGACAGGCAAGUUACCCCACCUAAGUGGGUUACAUCACCCACCUGGGGUCCCCCACCACCAUGUAAACAGGCCCUUAGUCGAUAUUUACCCGUACAUGAGUUGUCUGUGAUAUCUUCAUAGUCUUUUGUUCUAUUUCAGAACUCGGUACUUUACCAGUUGAGGCUAUAAGAGCAAUAUCAAGUAACAUUCAUAAGGUACUUAUCCUGAUGUAUUGUAAAAUUUAUGUCAGCUUUCUAUUAUUUACUGUGUCCAAUUUUAUACCUUUUUCAUUUUAAGAGGAUAAUUAUUCUUUGGUAAUGCUGUGUUCCAAGUAGUGAGCCAAUAAUUAAUAAAUGAAUAAAUAAAUAAGUAAGUAACUAAAUAAAUAACAAAUAAAUAGAAAGAUUAAGGUUGGAAGUCACUCAGGAAGUUAAACCUUGACAUGAUCCUAAAUGUAAUUCUUGAAACUUGAAAAUUUUAUUUUGAAAGUUAAAUGUUUGUGUCAAGUUUUCGAUCAUGUUGCUCAAGAUGGAAAAAAAUAUGACAAGAACAGACAACUAUAGCAAUCAUUAAUCUUGAAUAAAAAUACUCCAGUUUAACUUGUGCAUAUAAUCACCUUUUUAAUCUGUAUUUUCUAUUACCCUCAGCUUCCUUUAAGGAGGGAUACAAUCUUGAACAGUGGAAGUAAAGGUGAUGACCUUGUGAUAUUCUACAACAGAGUUCCGAAGACUGGAAGUACCUCUUUCAUGGGAGUUGUGUAUGAUCUUUGCUCCAAAAAUAAAUUCUAUGCUCUUCACUUAAAUGUGAGUCGAAAUGCUCACGUUAUCUCUCUUCCUGACCAAAUGCGGUUUGCAAGAAAUAUUACUACAUGGAAGGAGAAGAUGCCGGCAGUUUAUCAUGGUCAUCUUGCCUACGUUGAGUUUGAGAGACUUGGUGUGUAUAAGAGACCAUUGUAUAUAAACAUUGUGAGAAGACCUCUUGACAGACUUGUGUCAUACUAUUAUUUCUUGAGAUUUGGUGAUACUUUUAGACCAUAUCUUCGAAGGAUGAAGCAAGGAGACAAAGAGGUAAUAAAAGACCUUUGUUGAUCAUACUAAAUAGUAAAAUUUAUUGUUACCAUCUUAAUAAGUGAACUUUAUGUUUAACAGUUACCAUACAUCUUAGGCCCCAUUCAGACACUGAUCUUUUCAUGAGCUGACCUAAUAAUAUUAUUUGAAUUUGGGCCAACCUAUUUUAUUUAGACCGGCUGAAUUGAUUCAGACACCGAUCUUAGUUCCAGCUGAACUAAAUUCAAAGGGAUCUAAAGAUGCUCAUUUCAUUCAAUUUGCUUGCAAAAUAUGUUAUAAUAAUAUACGCACAAGGUUCAGCACAUGAAAAGUUUGGCGUUUGAAUCAAUGGCUGAGCCGUUCCAAACUAAAAUACGUGAAGGCAUUCCAAAUUCCAAAAUGAAAUACGUGAAGGCAUUCCAAAUUGAUUCAGACACCCAAAUUUUCAUGUACAUGACUCAAUAUAUUAAGUUUGGCUCAUGAAAAGUUAUGCAUCUGAACCAGGCCUUAAAGUUAAAAACAUUCUCUGAUAUUUACGCUCAGUAGGUACAGGUCUCUUUCGCUUCCCCUCCCUGUUUUCUCCAAUAUUUUACUUUAACAUGGAAAAAAAUCUAGACCUAACAUAGUGAGUCUUGAUAAGAGCAGAUUAAGGGCCUGUUUACAUGGAGGUGGGGGACCCAAGGUAGUUGAGAUAACCCGCUUAGGUGGGGUAACCCACCUUUCCAUACAAUCUCUCAUAUGGUCACCCCACUUAUCAUGUAAAGGUGAUCAAAUCAAAAUAAGAGAUUAUAUGGCCAGGUGGGUUACCCUACCUAAGCUGGCUGCCUCUCCUGCCUGGGGUCCCCAACCUCCCUGUAAACAGGCCCUAAGGGUUUUAAGCAAAAGAGUGUGUGGAUACUAGGCUCUAAAAGACUCUUGAUCCAACAUACAUUCCUUUUCAAGCCAACAGAAGACAAUUUGAAGCAGUGUUUAUUGGAAGUGGUCAUAUAGGGAAUUUUUGGGGUCCUUUUAAGUAUUCCUUCUUUGUCAAAACUUACAUUGCUGUGUUAAAGACAAAGUAUAUGUAGGAAUUCUACAAGUAUUAAUCCCUGAGAUUCAUCUUGAAAUUUGGUCUAAUAUCAGGUUAAAGGAGCGCUGCGAAGAGGGUAUUCGUUUUUCUGUGACACAAAAUAGAAAGCUGGAUGGGGGAUGUGGUGGUUAAAAGAAGAACAAUGAUGUUUUAGGAGUUAUCAUGAAAACAAUUGAGUGAUCAAUAUUAUUUUUUCAGACUUUUGAUGAGUGUGUAGAACGAGGCCACCCAGAUUGCAAACCUGAGAAACUGUGGCUUCAAAUUCCAUUCUUUUGUGGUCAUGCACCUCAGUGCUGGUGAGUUUGUUGUGUUACUGUGAAUCAGAACCUACAGUUGAACUUCAUUUGAUAAAAACUUCUUUACAGUGUAAAGCCCUGAUGUUGGUAAAGAUCCUAUAAACACAUAACUAGAGUACCAGUUAUCAUCAUCAUCAUCAUUACCAUCAUCAUCAUCAUCAUCAUCAUCAUCAUCAUCAUUAUCAUCACCAUGAGAUCAUAUCUUGAAAUGUCAUUUUCCGUGAGUGAACAGGCCACUUGUUUUCCAAAGAAGAAGGGAUUGAGUGAUCUCACCCUUUGCUCGUUAGCAAUGACCGGCAAAUUGAAUACGGCACUUUGUCAGCUUUUGGGAGAAUGGUGGUAGUUUGCCGUAAAACUGCUUACGCGUUGCGUGCUAUUUCGGACACGUCGGAGUAAGUUAGUAUAUGAUAGCUGAUAAGAUAAUAUUCAAUUAAAAUAUCAAAAAGUCAGUGAAAAGUGUCAAGUGUCACGCAUCCCUGACGGGUUUUCCGGUCAAUAUUCAUUUAAUAAGUCAUAAGUAUAUCUACCUGGAGUUAUGAAAACCGGGUCAGCAAACAUGUUAUAAUUUUUCUCAACUUGCCCUGUCUAAUAGCUUGACAUAUGUUCACCGUGUUGCUUGCUUAUGUGUUUUGUUUUUUGUUGUUGCUUGUUUUGUGGUUAGGGAUUUGUUUUGAAGUGGAUGUAGACAGAAUUACUAUCUCCCCCCCCUCCCCUCCUGAUUUUUUUUCCCUACCCACAGUUCUUUCUUUCACAUAAGUGACAGUUAUUUGAAAUCAGCGCGCGCCUCAAGCUGGUUUGGGUGCCGUUUAGCAGUUUUGUUUUAUAUAUUGGUCACCUUAAGAAAAGUUUCCCGGAGAGCAUCAUGUAAAGCUCUGAGAUGGGACAAAGUUAUUACGAUUCGCAGAGUCUGCAUCGUCCAAUAUCAUAUUAUAUUCUCGUUUCAUUUGGCUAAACGGAUCAAUCACACUGAUCCGGGCUGAGACAGAAAGGUACGAUAUUGUUCGCUUUUCUAAGGUGACCGCUAAGUCUUUGGCCUCGGGAACAGGCUCUUAGGAGUCAAAUAAAUUAGGUGAGAGCAAAAUUGCCAGUGAACUUUGACCCAGGCCAAGACUUUUUUUCUGGUGUGAAAACAAGGCUAAGGUGAUCCGCCGACCGUGUGACUCUACAUCCGGGAGCUUGAAUAAGACGAGUGUUAGAGAAAAGUCCAGAGGUGUUUAUUUGCCAGUAGGCUGAGUUUUUCCGAGUUAUUCGAUGAUAUUUCGCUUAUGUUGAACGUGAGAAGAUUAUGCGUGGUUGUGGAUAGUCUUAUCAGUGCCGCGAAAGUGUGUGAUUGUGUGAUUUCCGCAUGGUGUUGACAGGUAUGUGAUCGCGUGGUUGAACUGCGGUUUGGCCAAAAUAUUCUGUGCCAGCCAUUAAUACUGUUUCGUCGGUGUUUAGCUUAGCUGAUUGUACCAUGUAAAAGCAAUUCUCGACUUAGGAAAAUUGGAUUUUCAGCGAGUCCUAUUAGCAUUGAACCAUAGGUCGAUUUUGGCAGAUAAGAAGGUCAUAAUUUGUGCACUGUGUUUCAUUCAGUUUGUUGUCUAGUCCAUGCGGAAUCCUGUUGUUUAUCGGACCGCGAAAAAAGUAGUGUUUUGCUAGCUAUUUAAGUUGUUAUGUAAGCCUUAACCAGGCACUCUUUCGCUGCAGUUCACUCAACUUAAAAUUUUCUAGACUGAAAUGACACCGGUUUGAAACUUCGCGAAGUCAGAUUACUGAAUAAAUGUUCAAAAAUUUGCGUCAUUUUAAAUUUGGACUCGUUGGAAUGCUUCUGGGGACCAUUAACUUCCUGCCCGGCGUCAGAUAAAGGUUUUUAAUCGGCCUUUGAACGAGUUUUCUUGUUUUAAAUUGCCAACUAGUAGAAUUAGUGGAUAUUUUUGCUAACCCGGUUUUCAAAAAUCCAGGUAUAUAUACUUUGUCAAAGCUCUGCAAGGUCACAGCUUGUAAGCUGGGAUUUAGUCAGUGAAUUGUUUUCAUUCUUUUUUCAGGUCUCCAGGAAACAAAUGGGCAUUAGACCAAGCAAAAAGAAAUCUUGUGGAAAAAUACCUCCUAGUAGGAACCACUGAGGAAAUUGGUGAUUUUGUCGCCAUUUUGGAAGCAACUAUUCCAAGAAUCUUUAAAGGAGCCACAAAAUUAUUCAAUGAAGGUAAUUUGGGUUAAUAACUUCUGUGCGAGUAUUCUUGUGACAUUUAACCUUUUCCUGACAGCUAGUGAUUUUUUUCUAAUAAGUGCCCAAACAAAAACCCUUUGCCUCAGUGCUAGGCUACAAAAUUCUCUUCCUUUUUUAACUCGUGGGUACGCGCGAGCGUAUUACGAGUUAUUGCAGGGACAGGGAUAUACAAAUGAGUCACUCGCUCAUUCGUAGAAGACGGACUUCAUAAUUAAUCGGGUCCGAACUCGAGAGUGCGAAGAUCUGUCGUUUCCGAAGAAGCACGCCCUCGCCGAAGUUCGAAGGGAUCAAAUUCCUCGCUGAGAGCGUGCAUCGUGCGCUGCUCACAGUUUUCUUUGUGGCAAAUUUUCUGCAGUACGGUUAGAGGUCUUCUUAAGAACCUGUAUGAGCCGAAGAUGGAUGUGAUUUUGUCCAUUAGCUUCAAAAUAUGAAACAACGGAAAUUGAGAUAAAGAAACAUAUGUUUUGCGUCCUACUUCGCAGACGAGUUGUAUCUGCUUUGUAUGGCAUAUGUUCUUUCAUUGCCAUGAAAUGCGCGUACAUUUUUGUUGUCAAUAGCUCGGUUUAUACGACUCGAUCAUCUUUAAACGGCGUUUGCCGGCGGAAGUUCCAUGGAAAGGGCAAUUUGGCCAAGUGUACACAAUCAGCCUUAGUUGCGUAGUGGUAAGGUGAAGUCGCGUCGAGCCGAAGUUCCUGCUCAGUACCUUUUUUUUUUUUCCUUUUUUUGGUUUGUUUGCUUUUUUGUUUUGUUGUUUUUCUAUAAAUAUAUACCUAACUAAUUGUUAUUUAAUAAAGUGCAAGAAACAGGAAGAAAAGUAUUGUGUUUCCGGAGCAAUGAGUAUAUUUAUGCAUAAACAAUCUCAAGAGCCAUAAUAGGGGAUUAUGGCUCUUGACAAUCUAAAUUUCUAUCAUUUCCUACAAUUUACUGUGGGAAAACCAGAGUUGAUAACCAUUUGAUUAUUUUCUAAACAACGUACCCACGGGUUGACAAAAGUCUCCCUUUGAUUUUUUUUCUUGAACCUGCGAAAUCCCACUCUGCAGACAGGCUCUACACCAACUGGACUAACUCUGCUGCGGUCGAAAAGAUAUGCUUACUUAUAUUAUAUUUUAUACUUGUUUUUCAUAACAGGUGGAAAGUCACAUCUCAGGAAGACAACCUCAAAGAAACCAUUAGAGCAGUCUACAAUACAAUACUUCGAACAGUCUAAAAUAUGGAAAAUGGAAAAUGAAUUCUACGAAUUUGCGAAUAAGGUUUUUCAAACUGCCAAAAAGAGAGCAUUGACGUCCAAGUCAGGAUUACCUGAAGCAACAGGAAAACAGUUCUUUUAUGAAAAAAUAAGACCGAAAGAACCGUCAUAAAUGAAGAUACCGUAAAAUUGUAGAAUUUUAAUAUAUAAUAAUUUUAUGCUGAACGGCAUAAUUAGUGUUUCGUAAGUAAUGAAGUGACAUCAAUCUAAGAGGACAUAAUAUAGGUAUCAACAGACUAGAAGUUUACCUGUUGGUAACCACGUGCACCCUCACAGCAAAAAGCACUUUAUCUCUUGGACAGACACUGGUGGUUCGAACACUAGGUGCCCGGGCCCCUUUUUUAGAAGGUCAAAGGACUAAACAUUGGGCAUCAACUUCGUAUGUACAGCCAUAAACUUUCAAGUUUGAAUUCAUUUCCAAUCUCAUUUCCUUCGACACUUAAGCUCAAUGAAUGACAUCUUUUGCUUCGUAGUUAUAGAAAAAUGGACAAGAAAAUGCCGAUGAAACGUGAUCCCCCUCAUAACGAACGAUUUCCCAGUUUCUUUGACACUUUGUUAUUUUGGGAAUCCAUUGGACGUUUACUCGUUUUCCUCUAGUCUGCCGAAGCCCUGUGUUGAACAUUCAUACCAACAGUAUUGACCGGAGCUCG